AUGGCGAUGGAACUCCCCCCAACACAGCGUGCCCUGAAAGUCCAGAGUGCUGGCGAGGUCGCUCUUAUUGAGACCUGUUCACUCCCAAAAAGACAGGACAGCGACGUGCUGAUCCGCGUGGCCUAUGUGUCCCUUAAUCCGGUUGACGGCAAAUCCGCCGACAUGUCUCCGAGUGCUGGAGCAACUUCAGGCUGCGACUUCUCAGGCAACAUCGUCGCAAUGGGACCCGCCGUCAACACUCGGCUUAAACUGGGAGAUCGCGUAUGCGGAUGCAUUUUCGGUAACAAUCCCAUCCGGCGUGACAAUGGCGCCUUCGCCGAGUAUGUAGCCGUCUCUGCGCAGUUGGUGUGGAAGAUUCCCGCGAAUAUGUCAUUCCAGACAGCUGCAACGCUGGGCAUCGGCCUUGCAACGGCUGGUCUGGCUCUUUACAACGGCCUUCAAUUGCCUCUUCCAUUGUCUGAGCCAGAAAGGCCAAUCAUGGUAUUGAUUUACGGAGGGGGAACCGCAACGGGAACCCUCGCGAUUCAGCUGUUACGACUGUCCGGUUUAACCCCCAUCACGACCUGUUCACCGCGUAGCUUCGACCGCGUGAAGAGACUUGGGGCGGUGGCUGCCUUUGACUACCGCUCACCAACCUGUGGUACGAAGAUUCGCGAGUACACCCAAGACCACCUAGCCCUAGCAAUGGAUUGUAUCACAGAUACUAGAUCUAUGGAGCUCUGCUACGAGGCGAUGGGAAGUGCAGGUGGUCAGUACCUUGCACUGGACCCAUUUCCGCUGCGCACGCAUACACGCCGCAGCGUUCAGCCGGAUUGGAUCUGCAUGUUUACUCAGUUUGACCAAGCAAUCGAUUGGGAGCGACCAUAUAAUCUGGAUCCCCGGCCACAGGAUCGGCGGUUUGCUGAGAGGUGGUAUGAAGUGGCGCAGAGGCUAUUAGAGACCGGCCAGAUUGAAUCUCAUCCGUACAAGGAGCGAAGAGGUGGACUGGCUGGAGUGGUGGAGGGAAUAGACGCGAUCCGCAAAGGCGAGAUCAAUGGACACAAGCUAGUAUAUGCGCUUUAG